UUGAGCGACGUUCAGAAGACAGCAAACAUGGCAGAGGAAGCACCAGCAGCUGCAGGGCCGUCCAAAGCCCAGGCUAAACCCGCAAGGAAGAAGGCGGCGGCGGCGUCCAAAGGAAAGCGAGACACCCCUAGUCUCCCGAAGCUUAUCACUCAGGUGGUCGCCGAGUCCAAGGAGCGUAAAGGGACAUCAGUGGCUGCGAUUAAGAAGGCUCUGGCAGACAAAGGCGUCGAUGUGGCCAAAUCUAACAAGCGCGUAAAUAACGCCUUGGUUAAUUUGGUGACGAACGGAGCCCUGGUUCAAACCAAGGGAAUCGGCGCUUCUGGCUCUUUCAAGAUGGCUAAGAAGGAUGGUGAGCCGAAGACAAAGGCAGUGAAGAAGCCUGCAGCCAAGAAAGCACCUAUCAAGAAGAAGACACCAGCCAAGAAACCAACUUCUAAACCCAAGAAAACUGUCACCCCCAAGAAGGUGAAGUCCUCAGCAAAGAAGACUAAGACCAGUCUCGCGAAGAGUCCGGCGAGGCCCAAGCCCGCCGCAAAGAAGUCCAAGCCUGCAGCAAAGAAGUCACCUGCUAAAAAGGCUCCCGCUAAAAAAGCUCCAGUCAAGAAGGCAGCGCCUAAGAAGCCAGCUUCCAAGAAAGCUGCACCCAAGAAGUCUAAGAAGUGAAUGUACUGACAUUCAUUGUCAUCUUGCUUCAACCAAAGGCUCUUUUAAGAGCCACCACAACAUCCACUCGAGAGCAUUUCCUUCUUAUCUCGCAUAAGCAAACUUUUGAAUGCGACAACUUACACAUGCGUACACCUAAGACAAGUGAAGUGUCCUUUUACGUUUGCCCUCAUAGAAUGGUGUAAAAAAGGAUGAAAAGCAUGAGUCGCCCGGCUGCCAUUGGCGAAAAUAGUGUGGCAAGCAAAUAUCUUUCCGACAGUAAUCAUUGUGUUAUAGCUCGAAUCAUGGCCAAAUGCAUAUUUCAGCUGUUAAGGAGUGCGUUUUUCCAUAGUUAUGUAUUUUAUUACCAGUUAAGCGUGUCCCUCGCCUACCACCCAGAGUUUGGAAUAGGCUCCAGCAUACACCCGCGACCCUAAUGAGGAUUACGCGGCAUAUAAAAUUGAUGAAUAUACUGUAUGUAUAUAUAUAUGCAUUGUGUAUGUAUA